CCUUCUGCCAACUUUUCUUCUUUGCUUACAUUAGUAACUCUUGACGGUUUUACUGACAUGGCCACAUUAGGAGAAGAGGCUUGUGGCAGAAAUCAAGAAAACUGCUAAAACUGGAAAUGAGGCGGCCACCAAGAUCUUAGCUCGGCAGCUUGUUAGAUUGAGGCAACAGAUCACCAACUUGCAAGGAAGCCGUGCUCAAAUCCGUGGUGUAACCACUCAUACACAGGCAUUGUAUGCAAGCACCUCAAUCUCAUCAGGCAUGAAAGGUGCAACCACAGCUAUGGUUGCAAUGAACAAGCAAAUGGCACCGACCAAACAAGCUAAGGUGAUCAAGGAGUUCCAGAAGCAGUCAGCACAACUUGACAUGACGAUAGAGAUGAUGUCAGAGGCAAUUGAUGAAACACUUGACAAAGACGAAGCUGAAGAAGAAACUGAAGAUCUCACUAACCAGGUGCUGGAUGAGAUUGGUGUUGGUGUUGCAUCUCUGCUAUCUUCAGCUCCAAAGGGCCGAAUUGCUACAAAAAACGCUGCUCCCACUACAGUCAAUAACAAGAACGACUCGGAAUCUACUGAAGUAGAUGAUCUAGAGAGGAGAUUAGCUUCGCUACGACGAAUAUGAGAGACAAUGAACCUUUCUUAUAUGUAAUGUAAAGUACCCAUAAACGAAACAGCUUUUGAUGAAUUGAUGAUACAUGAGAUUCCUGGUUUGAUGAAGUUUUAAAUCCACUAUUAAAUGUAAA